GGCCGCGCCGCUGGGUUUCCGCCAUUGUGGGGAGCGGGAGGGCGCGGGAAGCGGCGGCGAGGGCGCGCGACAAACGGAAGUCGGAGCCGAGCCGAGUCAGUGUGCGAGUGAGAGGAGCCGCGCGCAACGAAACCCCGGGACACGGACGCCCCGCACCGCCCGCACCGCACCGCCUCACACUCCGGGUUCAUGAAGAAUGUCUGCCAGCAGCGUCCUGGAGCAGAGACCGAAAGGGCAAAGCAGUAAAGUACAAAAUGGAGCAGUUCAUCAGAAGGAUACUCUGAACGAUGAUGAUUUUGAGCCCUAUUUGAGUACUCCUACCCGGCAGAACAAUACCUACACUGCCAUGUCUGACUCCUACAUGCCAAGUUACUAUAGCCCGUCUAUCGGCUUCCAGUAUUCGUUAAGUGAGGCUGCCUGGUCCACAGGUGGGGAUCCACCCAUGCCCUAUCUGACAUCCUACGGACAGCUGAGCAAUGGGGAGCAUCACUUCCUGCCUGACGCAAUGUUUGGCCAGCCAGGGACUUUGGGGAACACUCCUUUCCUGAGCCAACAUGGGUUUAACUUCUUUCCAAGUGGCAUGGACUUCUCAGCCUGGGGAGCCAGCAGUUCUCAGGGUCAGUCCACCCAAAACUCGGCCUACAGCCCCAGCAGCUAUGCGUACCCUCCCAGCUCCCUGGGUGGAGCUAUGAUAGACGGACAUUCAGCUUUUGCCAAUGAGACGCUGAAUAAGGCACCAGGCAUGAAUAGCAUUGACCAGGGUAUGGCUGGACUGAAGAUCAGCGGUGGCGAGGUGGCUAGUAAUGUCUCUAAGAUGGUUGGUUCUGCUGUGGGCAGUAGCCCUAUAUCCACCAUUACAAAUAAUGUCAUGCCUUCCAAUCCCAUGCCACCAGUCACCAUUGCACCCCCAAAACCAACCUCCUGGGCAGAUAUUGCAAGUAAACCAGCAAAACCCCAACCCAAGAAGGCAAAAGGUGGGACUUGUGGGUCCUCCCUUCCACCACCUCCGAUUAAGCAUAACAUGGAUAUCGGGACUUGGGAUAACAAGGGCACUGGAGCUAAGGCGGCUCCUCAACCUCACGCUCCAGCUGUUAGCCAGCAGGCUGCCCAGGGUCCCGUGCAACCGAUGAAUCAGCAGGUGGUGCACAUGCAGCCGCAACAGGUGGUUUCAGGGCAGCAGCAGGUAACACUGCAGGCUGUCCCGCAGCAGACCCCACCCAACCGCUGGGUGGCCCCACGGAACCGCGCGGGCGGGUUUGGUCAGAACGGAGUGGACACUGGCGGCAUGGGGCUGGGGCACGGCAAUUCGAAUGUGGCUCCAGCCGAGGCACACCCCGUGCUGGAGAAACUGCGCUCCGUUAACAACUACAAUCCGAAGGAGUUUGACUGGAAUCCUAAGCACGGGCGGGUUUUCAUCAUCAAGAGCUACUCUGAGGAUGACAUCCACCGCUCCAUUAAAUAUUCCAUUUGGUGCAGCACCGAGCAUGGCAACAAGCGUCUGGACAGCGCCUACCGCACCAUGAAUGGCAAAGGGCCGGUUUACCUCUUGUUCAGUGUCAACGGGAGCGGCCACUUCUGUGGCGUGGCCGAGAUGAAGUCGACUGUGGACUACAGCACUUGCGCUGGGGUGUGGUCUCAGGACAAGUGGAAGGGACGAUUCGAUGUGAGGUGGAUAUUUGUCAAGGAUGUGCCCAACAGUCAGCUGCGGCACAUCCGCUUGGAGAACAAUGAGAAUAAGCCAGUGACCAACUCCCGAGACACUCAGGAGGUGCCCUUGGAAAAAGCCAAGCAGGUCCUGAAAAUUAUUGCCAGUUACAAGCAUACCACCUCCAUCUUUGAUGACUUUUCUCAUUACGAAAAACGCCAGGAGGAAGAGGAGAGCGUUAAAAAGGAACGCCAGGGUCGUGGCAAGUAACGGUGCACUCUCUGCAAAUGUUGUGAACAUCGAUCUAAAUGUCAUGUCCUGAUUUUUUUUCUUCAACAAAUUGAGUGAUAAUGAAGACCCGCCCCCCCCCCUCCUCACCCCCUCUUUCGUUUCAGUGGAUUCUCCGACUAUUUCAGACUUGUAGAUGUCAAAUUUAAACCUCUCUAUAGGACUAUGUAACAAUAGCAAAGCUAGGUGGAAAAAAAAUUUAAAAUCUUUUCUCAACAAUCGGUUGUGGCUUCAACACGAUUUAACUCGUGUUUCCUCGUUUUGAUUUUUUUUAUUUAAGAAAAAAAUCAAUUUGAUUUUUAUGGUCCGAACGCACCAGGCUUUUCCUUGAAGGAACGGACCCAGCAAGUAUCGGAAGGAUGGCCCCAAAUGCCCAGCUCCUGCACGAAUCCGGUCUCCCAACAUUGGCUUAUUUUAUAGAGCCUCUCUUUUGUGGGAAUGCCUUCCCUUCCCCCGAAGACGCUGGUUCUUUUGUUUGCAAGUGCUCACGGAGUAACUGUUACCUUUCUGUGGUCCCUUUCUUUGUUUGGCUUGUUUGUUGGUAGUGGGGGGCUGGGGGGGAUUGGUGGCUGUUCAGAAACGUAUGCGAGCAAGUUAUUUUUUAAAUUGCCUCAAUUAAGUUUAAUCCGCCUAAUUAAAAAAGGACAAGAAAUACUAUAAGGAACUUUUGGACAUUGAACUUUAAGAAAAACUGCUUUGGACCUUUUUUUUCCAGCUCUCGUCAACAAUGAUAUGAUGGGAUUCUACCCUUUCUUCAUUAUUAAUGACUUAUCGGUAAUAAAUGUGAUAUCCUGUUCAGCAGCAA